AGAAAAAAACGUCAACACAACAUCGAGCCGCCAUGUUCUGAUAAAAAUCGCUCGCCCUUGGUGUUGUUGGUCUCGAAUUUGGAAAAACGCGUUUGGAGUCUUGGAGAAUUGGAGAUGAAAUUUUGUAGAUAGUAGUUUUAAUUUCGCUUAAUUAGUAAAAAUUUAAUCAAUAAAUCAUUCGAUACUGUUUUCCAACGACCGUUAUUAAUUUGAACCGAUCAAGCAGUAGAUUGCUCCAAUUUUGCCCUUCAAAAACACCCUUCUGUCUCCGGUGCCCAUUAUGGAUGACCAAAGUGACGACUCGAUGGAGUACCGAAGCAGUAAGCGUCGUUUUACCAAGAAGCACGAUUCUUCCGAUUCCCAUUUGAGUAUUUCAGACGACGACGAAGAAGACGCCGGCGAAUCGCUAGAAAUUAAACCACCCCAAGCCAGAGUUUACAAACACUCUCAUCAUAGACGUCCGGAGAAACAUUCGAGCAGAAAAUCAUCGUCGAGAGCUUAUCCGAAAGACCACAAAAUGGAUAGAUUGAGCGAAGAGUAUCGACGAAAAAAGGCGUACUUGCAUCACGCACAUUUAAAAGCUUACGAACCUGAAAGACAACUGAAAGGCGAAGAGGAAUAUCGUCGCAGUAGCAGCGGUAGUAAAAAAGCGUACCCGCAUCACAGCGCACAUCGCGAACAUCGUAAGAAACGUUCUCAUCAAGAACCUAAAGUCGAAGUGUACGCUGCCAAAGAAUACGACGAGUAUCAGCGCGGUAAGAAAGAUUAUUCGCAUCGUGAGCAUCGCGAACAUCGUAAAAAACAUUCCCAUCAAGAAUCCAAAGUCGAAGUUUACGCCAAAGAACCCGAAGUGAAACGUAAACGUCAUCACGAGUCGUCGGAUUCUCGUCGUCGAGAUCGUGCGGGUAGUCCGCCCGAAAAAGCAGAACAUUCCAGACACUCCAAGUCGUCGAUGGUUGUUGUUUCCGAAGACUCGGCUAGUUCGGCGGGUGAAAAAGAGACCGUCGUCGAUGUGGAAGUGUCACCUCCGGUUUUGAAAGAUGAAGAAACUACACCUAAGGCUGCGCCUGAACGGGACGACCAAAAGGAAGAAGAAGAAGUAGAAGAAGAGGAAGAAGAAGGCGAAGACAGUUCCGAUAGCAGCGAAUCGUCCAGCUCGGAAAGCGAUUCGAAUUCGGGCAGUAGCUCGACCAGUAGUUCGUCAAAUAGCACUUCGGAAGAUGCCGAAGAUGACGAUGAAAAUGAGAACAAAUCGAUUUCUCGCGACGACGAAAAUACUAAAGAUAGUUCGGUUAAGGAAGACUCGUCGCCUCCGAUGGUGCAAGCGUUGAACGAUAUCGAUCCGGAUAUCCAACUUGAAAAGGAUACGUUACCGAGUUACUUUCCGGCCAUUCAAGGCUGUCGUAGCGUCGAAGAAUUCCAAUGCUUGAAUCGUAUCGAAGAAGGAACCUACGGCGUCGUUUAUCGAGCCAGAGAAAAAAGAACCGAUAAAAUAGUCGCUCUGAAAAGAUUAAAAAUGGAAAAAGAAAAGGACGGCUUUCCUAUAACGUCGCUGCGCGAAAUAAACACCUUGCUGAAAGCUCAACAUCCGAACAUCGUCACCGUCAAAGAAAUCGUAGUAGGUAGUAAUAUGGAUAAAAUUUUCAUCGUCAUGGAUUACGUCGAACACGAUUUGAAAUCGCUGAUGGAAACGAUGAAACAGAAAAAGCAAGGUUUCAGCUCCAGCGAAGUGAAAUGUUUAAUGUUGCAGUUACUUCGAGCAGUCAAUCAUCUUCACGAUAAUUGGAUUCUACAUCGUGAUUUAAAAACGUCCAAUCUGCUGUUUAGUCAUACAGGUGUUCUGAAAGUAGGAGAUUUCGGUCUAGCUCGCGAAUACGGAUCGCCUCUCAAACAGUACACGCCAGUCGUAGUCACACUUUGGUAUAGAGCUCCGGAACUGUUGCUAGGAGCUAAAGAAUACUCCACUUGUAUCGAUAUGUGGUCGGUGGGCUGUAUUUUCGCCGAAUUACUCUGCAUGGAACCGCUAUUCCCAGGUAAAUCCGAACACGAUCAAGUGCAUCGCAUUUUCAGAGCACUCGGUACACCUAAUUCGAGAAUUUGGCCCGAUUAUCCGAAUCUUCCGCUCGUACCGAGGUUGGCAACAUUCGGCGAAUUCCCCGCGCAUAGUAUUAAAUCGAAAUUCGUGCCGAGUAUAGUGAGCGAUAUCGGAUACGAUUUGCUGGCUAGUUUUUUGACCUACGAUACUAAAAAACGUAUUACAGCCGAGACAGCUCUCAAACACAGCUAUUUCAGCGAACAUCCUCCACCGACUGAGCCAGCUAUGUUUCCAACAUGGCCUUCUAAAAGCGAACCUGGUUAUAGGAAGGCGAUAGCUGCCAGUAGUCCGAAACCACCUUCCGGUGGUCAACGCUAUAAAGAUCUCAAAGAUGAUGACGGAUUCUAUAUUGGAGUUGGCGAGGAUAAUCGUGGCUUUAAUUUGAAAUCCACGUUUAGUCUUAAGUUUUAAUUCGUAUCGUUUUAUUUCCAUUUUCUUCAUUCGCAUGUAUAUAUAUUUAUUUUCUACGUACAAAAUUUCGUAUCAGUUGUAUUCAACGAUGACGCAGUGAUGUAUGAAAAAAGGAUGAAGUGUUUUUUGGUAUUUCUUGACUGUGAUUCUUAAUAUACUUGUAUGUAAGAUAUCUGAGUGUGUACAUAGUAUGUUUAAAAGCUAGAUUGUCAUUCAUUCUGUGUUUUGUAAAAGGUACUGCUACGUUUCAUUCGUCGAUUACUACCGUUGCCGUAAAUUGAGAGGACCCGAUUACGAACCGUGCGAU